AUGAACAAGGAAGGCAAGUCUGCGAGAGACGCAAUUGCUCGAAGUCGGUUUGAGAGCAAUUCCGGUAAUUUCUCAGACGCUCUGAGAAUAUUGCGCGAGCCAUGUUCAGUGGAUCCUUCGGAAGAGGACUCUUUACUCAUCAAAUCAGAGAUUCUGAGAGUCAAUUUGGUCCAAGGGGACCACAGGGCUGUCGAAAUGCUCGACAUCAAAGACUUGAAAAGUAACGAGCCAAUUUGCGACCUAUUGCGCCUAUCCUUAGAGGCGAAUAAGAUAUGGACAGACCUUGAUCUCAUCAAGCCCCUUGAUAUUGCAUCAACAUUGUACAAAAGAUACGUAUCUGCGUUGAACUCAGAGACGAACGACGAGUUCGUGGUUCGAAUAGUUUUCUAUUGCUUGGUCAUCAGAGAUUGGCGCAUAUACUAUGGGGAGGGCCUGACUCAGCCGGAGUAUCAGUGCGACCAAGGACUCUUGCGGACACUUCUGCUCAGACUAGCAAAGCACAAACUUUAUUUUGAGCUGCUGGAUGCUUUCGAAUUUCUCGUGGACGAUCCUGGAGAACGGCUCCAGACAUCGUUUCCUCAUCUAGUGCCACCUUCCGAUCCAGCAUUUCACUGGUACUUGUUGUGUUUGGCAAGACUCAACUGCAAAGAAGGAAACUUCGGCGAUGCUAGCAGUGCUUUAAGUUUGCUUUCUCGGCCCUCAGAUAACACAAGCAAAGACAUCCUAGGGGCCAGCUUCCAGAAGAUUUUCAAACUGGGAUCCAAGCUCUUGAAAAAGAAGCAUGGCCACAGAAAGGAGCAAAUCCAAGUCAGGAAGGAUGUGUUUCGACUGCAUGAAGAUGUCAUUCGACAGAGGUAUCUUGAGAGUGGUCUAACUGAAGCUGACAGGGUAGGUCGCUUGAUAAGAGCUUCCAAAGACCUUGCGGACCUAGCAGACUUUCUGUCUGCGUUCAAAGCGCUUGAAUCUGCAGCAGAACUUUUAAAUGCGAUUCCUGACCCUAAGGAAGCUUUCACUCUAGGAGCCGAGGUUCAUGAGCUCCUUGAACAAGUCUGUAACCGCAAUGGGGACAUUUUGAGCAAGACUUUGAUCGAACUCAGAUAUUGUGACUUCCUCAACUCGGCUGGAGGAGACUUUGCUCUGGCUAGAAAGCGCCGCCACGAACUCCUGGAGCUACCGGUAUGCGUACGAAUGCCUUAUCUGCAAAGAUACCAUCAUCGACAAUGGGAAGAGUACUUUAUGCUGCGUCAACGUGAACCAGCGCUGUGUCAUGCCGAGCGGUAUCUUGCGUACUGCCAAAAAUGCAAAGAUGAACAACAGCAAGCUUUGGCAGAAGGUUAUGUCCUUGAGACCUUGUUUCUGCCUGAACGCGCGUCUGAUGAAGCGCGAUUAAAUUUCCUUGACGAUUUGACAAAUCGCAUCGAGCAGGCUAUAAAGACCAAUCACAAGAACAAAUGGUAUAAAGCAAUGAUCGAGAUGCAGCUUCUCUUGGUCAACGUUCUGUCGGACAUUGGUCGGCUCGAAGGGAACGACCUAGAAGAGAUUGCUCAAAAUGUUGUACCUAUCCUGGAUAGGGCCGCCACGUUCAUACCCCAGAUUCCCAGUGAAGCUGAAGCUGCCGCACUCAAGUGUCAAGUGGCUUUUCUUCGUUCAUCGGCAGGUCUGUAUUUGAAGCGCAGCUUUGAUGAAAACAAAAACUUGUCUUUGGAAUCGCUUGGAUCUGGUUCCAGCACAGCCCCCAAGGAUUUCCUCGACAAGGUGGAUUAUCAAAUCUAUCUUCAGCAGUUUAUAGCUGCAAUUAUGAACAACAAUCUGGAAGCAUUCGAGAAAACUUACCGUCACUUUUCUGAGCGUCUUGAUCGGCCCUCUUCACGAAGAAACAACGCUCGACGGGCCUCAACGCUGGCCACCAAGGCCAUGUUAUGCUACUUCUUGACGAUUUUUAACAAUGGGUCUAUCAAGCAGCUCUGGAAUAUUGCGGGCUUUGCUACUCGCAAAAGUGUGCAAGCAGAGGCUCUCAAGUGCUUUUCGGAGGUCUUUAGUCUUGAAAGAGAGAUGUCUGUCGAAACAAGAGAUCUCGAUAGGAGUUACGAUCGGAUCGAUGAGCUAAUCGUUUCACAAGCAUAUCUCACUUCGAGUAUCGAGCGACAGCAACGUAUUGAUAUGUGCCUGGAAAUUGCUACACAAAUGAACGAUCCUUUGGCAACGUGGCAGUGGACGCAACGGGGAAAAGCACGAGCCUUUUCGGAUGUGCUUAGCGCAAAGGGUCUGCGAGCGCCAUCGGGAACGUCUAAGAUGCGUCUACAGCAAGAUAUGGGAUUUGAAGACCUGCGAUACAUUCAAAGCGCCUCAGCUUCCAAACUCAUUUUCGUAGAUUGGAUCAGCUAUGGUCUGGGCCGUAGGCGUUUACUUUUGAACGUCUGCCGCAUCUUCAAAGACGACUGCCAAACAUCGCAAUUUCAGAUGGACUUAGACCUCGAUCAACUCCAGCAGGCGGCCUCCAAAAUCAACGAGGCUAGAAUGGAUGACUCUGAUUCAGAGAGAUACCUUCGACCCUUCGUUCCCGUCAUCGAGCCAUUGGAAGACACCAGCAAUCCGGGAGAUAUCCUCAUACUCUCUACCACGUCACCAUUCCACAACGUCCCGCUGCACGCAGUGCACCUCGGCGCAUCUCCACUGAUCGAACGCAAUCCCAUCAUAUACGUGCCUUCUCAAAUUGCGCUUCUCAGCUGUCUUGAACAGCUGGCCGCACCGGAGAAGGACAUGGAUGCGCCAAAAGAAUGGACUGCGGUGAUCGCCGCGGCCUACGACGACGAUUCGACUGAUGCAGAGAGAAUGCAUGAACGACAUGAAAUUUAUCAGUCCUGCACAAGGCUGGCGGCUGAUCUGGAUGCGACUCCGUUGCUUGGCCACGCGCUCACAACCGGAAGCAUCGCACAGCAGCUAGAUUCAGUUGAUGUCCUACACUUCCACGGUCAUAGCAUCAUCGACCCCAAUGAUUCAACAAAGCAAUGCCUUGCUCUCGGACCCAAGGGAGAGGUCUUGACUAUCGGCGACAUAAGCUCUCUCAAUCUUCGCGCCGCACACGUGACGCUGAUGGCUUGUUCUGGCGGCGUACAAGACUUCUCUCUUUCAGGUGAUGAGCCAUUGGGUCUACUAUCGGCUUUCUUGCUAGGGGGGGCAACUUCGGUGAUCGGCGCCCUCUGGCCCAUCCAAUCCAGCGCUGGACGCCUCUUCACCAGCAUAUACUACGACUAUUUCUUACGACACGUCGAUCGCAAGGAGCUCGGACCGAUUGUCAACGUUGCCCGAGCCAUUCAGCAUGCUGUUCUUGAAAUAAAGAAGCAGCCAGAGACGUCAAGGCCGUAUUACUGGGCACCAUUCAUUUGUUAUGGAAACUGGUUUUGUCGGAGAAAACCCGGAAGUUGGUAG